CCAGCCUGAUAUCCGUCUUCUGUUUAUUGAACACAGAGGGAAGUCACUGUUAGAAACGUCGUCCGUCUUCGAUUCUCACAGAGAGAUGAGAGGAGCAGCUAUGAGUUUAACUGCAGCAGCGAGUGGAUUUGUUGUCUUCCUUCUCUCUGUGUCAGUGAUACAGGGUCAGGAUGGCUGGGGAGUGACUUACACUCCUACUGAGAUCUGUGCCUUAAAAGGAUCAACAGUGGACAUGAGCUGCACAUACAGAUAUCCAACCACAAUAUAUAGCUCAGUUCAGGAAACAUUCUGGUUUACAAAAUGGAGUAAUAAUGUUUUUGUGAAUUUGAAAACAGACCCAGAGUAUUCAGGUCGUGUGCAGUACAUCUGUGAUAACAACAAGUGCACUCUGAGAAUCACAGACCUGAGAGAGAGCGACUCAGCUGAGUACAUGUUCAGAUUCAUAACAAACCUUCAAUCAGGGAAAUAUUUUGGUAGACCUGGAGUCACUUUGUCUGUCACAGCUCUCCAGGUGCAGAUUAACACAUUAAAGGUCUACAAGUCGUAUAACCAGGCAGAGCUGACUUGUCAGAGCAGUUGUCGUCUACCUGGUCAUCGUCGCUACAUCUGGUACAAGAAUGGACAAAACAUUCAGGGACAAACAUCUAAUUCUUAUUCAGGCCACAUUGAUCCUGCAGACAGAUAUUCAUGUGCUGUAGAAGGAUAUGAGAAGUCCCGCUCUCCUCCAGUGUGUGAGUUUACUUACAGUGUUGCACUAACAUAACACCAACUGAUGUAGU